GCCCGGCGGCUCCACAUCGACAUCAUUCUGACUUCCGACCUCAGAGCUCCAACUAGAACAGCAACACCAGCAAGAUGCGCGCCUUCAUCGUCCUGUGCCUCGUGGCCCUCGCCUCGGCCGACAAGCUGGGCUACAACUACCAGCCCGUGGGCCACUCCAGCUCUGGAUUGUCCUUCGCUCCCGGCAGCGGCUCCCUGAGCCUAGGAGGAGCCGGUGGUGGCUCCCUCGGCGGAAGCAGUGGCUCCUUGGGCCUGGGAGGAGGCAGCAACUUUGGCAGCCUGGAUGGCGGUCUGGGCGGUGGCUCCCUGGAUCUGGGAUCCUCUGGUCUUGGAUCCUCUGGACUGGGCUCAUCUGGUCUGGGAUCCUCCGGUCUGGGCUCCUCUGGACUCAGUGCCCCCGUCUCCUACAACGCCCCUGCCCCCGCUGCCGAGCUGGAGAAGGAGUUCUUCACCUUCACCGCCAACGAGGAGGACUUCGAUCAGCCCCAGGAACUUGAGCGUGUGGCCAGCUCCGUGAACAAGGGUCUGCGCGUGGUCUUCAUCAAGGGACCCGAGAACCGUGGCCUGGAGAACGCCGCCCUGGCUCUGGCCAAGCAGGCUGCCCAGCAGGAGACCGCCAUCUAUGUGCUGAACAAGCAGGCCGAUAUUGGAGAUCUUGCCCAGAAGCUGAACGCCAUCCGCAGCAACUCGAACAACAAGCCCGAGGUGCACUUCGUCAAGUACAGGACUCCCGAGGAUGCAGCCAACGCCCAGCGUGCCAUCCAGUCGCAGUACGACCAGCUGGGAGGAACCUCUCAGGCCCACAACGGUGGAGUGGCCAACGCCCUGAACUUUGCCUCCGCCGGUCCCGUCCAGAAGGCCAACGCCCAGAUCCCCGAGAACUCGUACCUGCCCUCGUCGGUGCUGCGUCGCCUGCGCUACCGCCACUAGGAAGUGCCAUAAGCUCAGCUUUCAGCUGCUCCAUUUGUUGACUUUUGUGUUAUCUAUUGAUUUGUCGAACGAACCCUCAAAUACAAUUCUCUUUAAUCCC